UUUGUUAAAUUAAUUUAUUCCUUUUCUUUUCAAAUCACACACAAUCUUCCAGAUUAGGGUUUCCAAACUUUCUCUCUCUUCGUUUUUCCCUUUCAUUUCUCUCCCUUUUCCCUCCAAUCCAACACUCGCGUCUGCAAUUUCUUCCCUUUCUGGUUUAGAGAAGAAGGGGAAGAGAUGGAUGAUGCUGAAGGGGUAGGAGGAGGGGGAGGAGAUCAGGUGGAGCAAUUCCAUCGUAAUGAAGCGAUUUCUGCAGUUACUGAUGAGGGUUUUGGUGAGGAAGAUGAUGAUUACGAGGAUCUUUAUAAUGAUGUUAAUGUAGGAGAAGGGUUUUUGCAAUCUUUGAGGAAAAAUGAGGAAGUAGGGUUUAGGAAUGAUGGUGAAAGUAGUAGGCUUGAACCUCCUCAGUCUCAGUCUCUAUCUCAGCAUCCCCCACCCCCCUUUUUGUCUGAGGAUGAUGGGUUGUCGAUUCCGGGUGUCGGGCAGGGUGAGGGAGAGAGAAAGUUUGAGGGUGAUGUGGGUAGAGUAGAUGGGUUUCAGAAUCAGGGUUUAAGAGGGAGUGAUGUUAAGGGCCCUGUACAGCCUAAUGGUGGUAUGGGUUCUGGUUCAGGAGCUGGGGUGUCUGGUGCAGGGCGUGGUUAUGGAGGUGGACUGAGGGUUGAGUUAGGGCCACAUUCGAGUAAAGUAGGUGAUGUAGAUGAGCAAGCAGUUAAUAGUAUGCCACCUCAAGGGAUUAGUCAACCCCAGCAGCCACAUGGGAUGAGUGUAGGAAAUGAGGGAAUUGUUAGACAGGGUGGUGGAGGUGGGGUUGUGAAUGGGACUGCUGGGAACAUGAGUGGAACAGGAAGUUCUGCUGUGCAAGUUACGCCAAUGGGUGCUGGUAUGGGUGGUGCUGGUGGAGGAGGGGGUGGUGGGAAUGUUCUUUUUGUUGGAGAUUUGCAUUGGUGGACUACGGAUGCAGAACUUGAAACUGAGCUUGUCAAGUAUGGGAAUGUUAAAGAAGUUAAGUUUUUUGAUGAAAAAGCUAGUGGGAAGUCGAAGGGAUAUUGCCAGGUUGAGUUCUAUGAUGCUGCUGCUGCUUUAGCUUGUAAGGAGGGAAUGAAUGGACAUGUUUUCAAUGGCAGGCCAUGUGUUGUUGCAUUUGCUUCUCCAUUUACUGUCAAGAGGAUGGGUGAGGCACAGGUUAAUAGAAAUCAACAGACGACACCACAAACACUUUCACAACCUAGGAGAGGCCCUGCCGAGGGUGGAAAUAAGCCAACUGGGAACAACAUAUCAACUGGUGGCAAUUACCAAGGUGGGGAUCAAAACAGGAAUUUUAUGAGAGGCAGUUGGGGGAGAGGCAAUCCUCAAGGCAUGGGUGGUAGGGGACCAGUUGGACCUAUAAGAAACAGGCCUGCUGGUGGGAUGGCUGGAAGAGGUAUUAUGGGAAAUGGUGGCAAUGGGUUUGGUCAAGGUAUGGGGCCAUCUCCUCCGAUGAUGCAUCCUCAAGCCAUGAUGGGUCAAGGUUUUGAUCCUGGUUUUGGAGGGCCUAUGGGGAGAAUGGGCAAUUAUGGUGGAUUCCCGGGUGGACCUCAACCUCCAUUUCAAGGAUUAAUGUCAAAUUUCCCACCUGUGGGUAAUGUUGGCCUGCCUGGAGUAGCUCCACAUGUGAAUCCUGCAUUCUUUGGAAGAGGCAUGCCCAUGAAUGGGAUGGGAAUGAUGCCUAAUGCUGGUGUUGAUGGUCCUAAUAUGGGUAUGUGGUCUGAUCCCAAUAUGGGUGCAUGGGCUGGUGAUGAGCAUGCUGGGAGAGCUGCAGAGUCCAGCUAUGGGGAAGAAGCUGUGUCUGACCAUCAAUAUGGAGAGGCAAGCCACGACCGGACUGGUUGGCAGAAUCCUGUUAAAGAAAAGGUUCCUGAUAGAGACUUUUCAGGGUCUUCUGAUAGGAAGUAUCGGGAAGAUAGGGAGCCUGGAUAUGACAGGGAUAUACCUAGGGAGAAAGAGGCAGCACACGAUCAUGAAUGGCCGGAUAGAAGACAUCGUGAUGACAGAGAAACCCGUGACCGUGAGAGGGACCGUGAUCGUGAACGCUCACGCGACCGUGAUCGUGAGCGUUCUCGUGAUCGAGAUCGUGAGCGAGAAAGGGACAGGGAUCGCUACAGAGAAGACAGAGAUAGAUAUGCUGAUCAUCAUAGGUACAGGGACCGUGAAGCAGAUUAUGAUGAAGAAUGGGAGAGGCGGCCAUCGAGGACUCAUAGUAAGUCCCGUGUGUCCCAAGAAGAAGAGCGUCCAAGAUCUAGAGAUGCUGACUAUGGGAAGAGGAGGAGGAUAACUUCUGAAUAGCUGAUAUUUACUACUAUGCUUGCUUUUGAGGCUGGAUGACUGGGGUUCACUGUGCUUCUUAGCUUCUACCUUUUUUGGGUCACAAGUUAUGAUUCAUUUCUUAAGUCACUCAUGUUCCUUAUGUUUCUGGGGUGUGCUUUUCUGCUCUUAUGUAGGAGUUGUUGAAGGCAACCUUGACUCAGAGACUGAAGCUGGAGUGGGAGGCUCUUUGGAGAUUAACAUUACCUUGAGGUUUUGAAGUUGAAGUCGUAUGCAUGGUGUCCGGAUCCUGCAAAACAUCACACCGCCCUUUUACCGUUUAGGUGUUAGCUGUCUUUUCAGUUUUUACGUUCUAGUUGGAAAUUUAUCCAUGAAAACAAGUGUUGUGGUUGAUGAUGCGUAUGGCUUGAGAACCUUAAAAAAGUCUCAAUAUUCUGGAAAUUAAUAUUUGGAUGCUAUGUUAUACGAAGUAGGAUUUAGCUCCCAGAGGUUGUUGCUUAUGUUCUUUAUAUUUUGUUGGAUUUUUGUUGUAUCUUUCUCUUAGCUUACUCUUUGUUGUAUUCUUUGUAGUUGUCGCCUUUUAAUUUUCGUCGUGUGUAUAUAUUCCUGUCUAUAGCUCA